CGCUUCCCGUCGCCGCUCGGCGCUGGCGCUGGGGCGUACAGCCAGGCGAGCGGGGCGGCCGCGCUGGGCCGGGCAGGGCCUGGCGGGACUCGGGCCGCGGUGCGGCGCCAUGCGGGGGGCCCGGGCCGCCCCCUUCCGGCCGCGGCCGAAGCUGGUGCUGCUGCCUCUGCUGGUGCUGCUGGGCCACCGGACUCGGUCCCAGGACAGCCCUGGGCCACUGCAGUGCUAUGGAGUUGGACCCUUGGGCGACCUGAACUGCUCGUGGGAAGCUCUUGGGGACCUGGGAGCCCCCUCCACGCUGCACCUCCAGAGCCAGAAGUACCAUUCCAACAGAACGUGGACUGUGGCAGUGCCCACCGGACAGAGCUGGGUGACCAUCCUCCGGGAACAGCUUACCAUGUCUGAUGAACUGCUUGUCUGGGGUACCAAGGCAGGCCAGACUCUCUGGCCCCCAGUCUUCGUGAACCUGGAAACCCGAAUGAAGCCAGAUGCCCCCCGGCUGUACCCUGACGUGGACUUUUCAGAGGAUGAGCCCCUGGAGGCCACUGUCCAUUGGGCCCCGCCUGUGUGGCCACCCCAUAAGGUCUUGGUCUGCCAGUUCUACUAUCAAAGAUGCCAGGGGACAGCCUGGACCCUGCUGGAACCAGAAGUGAAGUCCAUGCCCCUGACCCCUGUUGAGAUCCAGGACCUGGAGCUGGCCACUGGCUAUGAGGUGCGUGGCCGCUGCCGAAUGGAGAAAGAAGAGGAUCUGUGGAGCGAGUGGAGCCCCAUUUUGUCCUUCCAGACACUGCCCUCUGUUCCAAAAGAUAUAUGGAUAUCUGGGAACCUCUGUGGGACACCAGGCAGACAGGAACCCCUGCUUCUAUGGAAGGAGCGGGGGCACUGCGUGCAGAUGAGCUAUAAAGUCUGGUUCCAGGCUGAAGACCAGGAGCUGAUCCAGAAGACGGCUCCCUGCUGCAGCUCCUCCAUCCCCACCCAGGCCGAGUGGGUCGGGGUGUCUGCCAUCAAUGCCACGAGCUGGGAGCCUCUCACCAACCUUUCUUUGGCCUGCUUGGGUCCCGCUGUCGCCCCCCACGGCGUGGUGGUCAGCCACAUUGCCGGCAGCACAGAGCUGCUGGUGACUUGGCAGCGGGGGUCUGGGGAGUUGCAGGAGCACGUGGUGGACUGGGCUCGAGACGGGGAUCCCCUGGAGGACCUCAACUGGAUCCGGCUUCCCCGUGAGAGCCUCAGCGCUCUGUUGCCAGGGAAUUUUGAAGGAGGGGUCCCCUACCGAAUCACAGUGACAGCAGUCUCUCCUUGGGGCUUGGCCCCUGCCCCCCCAGUCUGGAGGUUCAGAGAGGAACUGGCACCUCUAGCUGGGCCAGUGCUUUGGCGACUCCAGGAUGCCCCCCCAGGGACCCCCGCCAUAGCGUGGGGAGAGGUCCCAAGGCACCAACUCCGGGGCCAUCUCACCCACUACACCGUGUGUGUACAGAGCGGGACCAGGCCUUCUGUCUGCAUGAAUGUGAGUGGCAGCACCCAGAACAUCACCCUGCCCGACCUUCCCUGGGGUCCUUGUGAGCUGUGGGUGACCGCAUCCACCAUCGCAGGACAGGGGCCAGCUGGUCCCAGCCUCCGGCUUCACCUACCAGAUAACACCCUGAAGUGGAAAGUUCUGCCGGGUGUCUUUCUGCUGUGGGGCUUGCUCCUGACGGGCUGUGGUGUGAGCCUGGCCACCUCUGGAAGGUGCCUCCAUCUUCGGCACAAGGUACUGCCCCGCUGGGUCUGGGAGAAGGUUCCAGAUCCGGCCAACAGCAGUUGUGGCCGGCCCCACAUGGAGGAGGUGCUGCAGGCUCAGCCCCCCGGGGACUUCCCCAUCCUGAAAGUGGAGGAGAUGGAGCCACUACCAGUUCCGGAGCCCCCCCGGGCCCCCCCCCAGCUGGACUCUGGCUACGAGAAACACUUCCUGCCCACCCCCGAGGAGCUGGGCCUUCUGGGCCCUCCCCCAGGUCCCAAGUUCUGGCCUGAACCCAGCCCAGGCCAGGAGAGGGGUGCCCAUUUGACAGAUGAAGACACUGAGGCUCAGAGAGGCUGAGUCCCUUGCCUGAGGACGCCCAGCCAGGAAGAAGAGGUUGAAGGACCCCCUACAAAGGAGGGCCUGGCCCUCCUGGGAAUGUACGGAUGGAGGAGGGAGCAAAGGACCAUGUAUGAAUGUGAGCGGCAGCUCCCUCCUCCCAUCAGCCCCGCUGCCCUCCGCCCGGCAGGCAGCCGGGUGCAGCCCGGGGUUCCCGCUGCCGGCAGACUGCAGACUGCAGACUGCGGGCAGGAGUGCCGCGGGCUGAGGCCCCGACGAGGCCCGGACGGGGUCAGGGCUCCUCCGCACUCUCUCCCCUCGCCCUCGGGCUGGAGCACCAGUGUGCCCGCGAUCCAGCUCUAACCGGAGGGGACGGUGGAGCAAGAAGGGGAAAGGAAGCUCAGGCCCCGAGGGACUGCGGGACUCUGAGCCACCCAGAGAAACACACUUCCACACUCGUACAGCUCCUGUAGCUGGGGCACUUUGUCCAGCAGCCGCGUCUGUACUCACACCCACUCCAUCUCCGCCAGCAGCAGGAGGGAAGCCCUUUGCUUUCCCACCGGCAGGUGCUGAGCCGGUCCCGUGCCAGCAACACACACUCCAACUGUCCGAAUGCCUGAACGUUUUAUUUUCAAGUAUAAAGGCUUUGUCGUAGACGGGGACCAGGGUCACAGGCAGUGGGAAGCGCCCGGAAGCCCGGGAAGCCCGGGAGGAGGUGACGUGCGGGCCAGCUGGCUCCCGGGGGGCCCCCCCCCGCCCCGGUGUGCCUGGGAGCCGCUGCUGGACGCCCAGAGGCCGAGGUAGCUGUGAGAGGCGCUGGGGCGGGGUGGAGGGCGUGGGCUCACAUGACCGCACAGCACUGGCACGUCUUCUGCUUCGGGCCACUUGCCUCUUCACCCUCGGCAGGGGCAGAUGGCUCGGGCUGCCGGGCAGGGGCAUAGGUGGGCACGGGCCGGGCGCUGGGGUGGGCCCUGGGCCCUUGCGCCCGAAGAAGUGGCUGGCACUCGGCAGGCUGCUGUGGGGCGGGGGUCUCCGCCAGGAGGGGGGUGGCGUCCCCCAAGGGGCCCUGGCCCUGAGCAGGGCUUUGGGGUCUUACAGAUCUCUCCUCCAGGGAGCCUUCCUGCUUCUCCUGGGGCUGGGGUUCUUCUUCUGGCCUUGACUCUUCCUGGGCCCCCAAGGGAGCCCCUGCCUCACUCACCUCCUCUGCCUGACAUUCCUGUCCUCCCCCGGACUCUCUCUGCUCUUCGGGACUCAGAUCUUCCUCGACUGCUUCGGUCUUCUCUGCCUCCAGUGGUUCCUCACCUCCUCCUUUCUCGGCCUCCAAUGGCUCCUCACCUCCUGUUCUCUCUGCCUUCAGUGACUCCUCACCUCCUCUUUUCUUGGCCUCCAAUGGCUCUUCACCUCCUCUUUUCUCUGCCUUCACUGGUGCCUCAAUUCCUCCCUUCUCUGCCUUCAGUGACUCCUCUCCUCCUCCUUUCUCAGCCCCCAGUGGCGCCUCACCUCCUCCUUUCUCAGCCUCCAAUGGCGCCUCACCUCCUUCCUCGGCCUCCAGUGGCUCCUCACCUCCCGUUCUCUCUACCUUUGGUGAUUCCUUGCCUUCCUUUCUUUCCAUCACUAAUGGUUCUUCAGUUGCCUCUAGCUUUUCUUCAUCUCCUUUCUGCUCUACUCCCAGUGGUUCCUCAUCUUUCUUCUCUGCCUCUAGCUCUUCCUCACCUCCUUUCUGCUCUGGCUUGCUUCCUUCCCUCUCCACCAUCAGAGACAUGUCUGCUCCUUCCUGCUCUGUCCCUGCCUUUUCCUCACUCCCCUUUCCUCCGCCCACUGGUUCCUCUGCUUGGCUUCUCCCUGCCUCCCAGGCUUCCUCCCCUGCCCCCCUCUCUGCCCCCAGUGGACUCUCAGGUCCUCCCCCCUUUCCCCACACCCUUGGCCCUUCCAAUCCCUCCACCACCAGCUCCUCCCACUCCUCGCUGAGGGUCACCCUCUCCACCCAAAUGAAAGACCCCUCCUCUCCUCCAGAGCCCCCUGGCCCAUCAGCAUCAGGGCUGCCCCUGGGAAUGCCACCUUCUCCAGGAGCUGCUCCCUCCAGUCUCACCUGAAGCCUCGAUGAGCCGGUCUGCGCAGCCUUCUGGCCCCUGCCCGCCUCCCCUGUGGCCUCUGAGUCGCUGCUGUCCGGUCCUCCCACCCCCUCCCAGACCACCUCCACGAUGCCCCUGUCCUCUGUCACCCAGGAGGGGAGCUCUGGGCAGCUGGCUUCCUGCCUGUCCCCAACUGCCUCCAACACCAUCUCCUCUACCUUAGCCUCCAGCUCUGGGCCCGUGGCCCCCAUGGCACAGUCCUCUGUGGCCCUCAGCCCCUCCCAUACCACCUUCACCACACCCCCUUUGGCCUCAUCCACGCCCCCCUUGGAUGCUGCCUGCCCCUGACAAGGCUCCUGCUCUGGAAGGGGGCUGGGUCCAGGGCAGGGGCCAUUGGCUUCUGAGGAGGCCCCUGCUGCCCCAGGGAACAACCUCAGGGCUGGUGGAGCCCUGACAGCCUCAUCUCUGGGCUCAGAGGGGGACUCUGGGGACGUGUCCACUGGUCCAGCUGGUAGGGAGGCUCUCUUGUUCAGAUCAGCGUAGUCUUGGGGAGUGAGAGACAGGGGGUGACAGUGAGAUUCUGACCCCCCAGAUUCAGGCCCCUCUUCUUGGGACCCCCCAGGCCUGAGCACAAACACCCACCUGUGGGACCUGCCUCCACGGUAGGCUGGGAGAGAGGUCGGUGACCCUGUAGGGAUGGCAGAGACAAGGUCAGGCCAGCCAGUGUCUCCACCUCCAGCGUCCCUGCAUGCGGGUCCCCCCAGCCCAUCUCGCUCAGGACCAUACCCUCAGCCUUCCUCACCUGUCUUAUCACCCCCUGCUCUAAUGCCUCAUACACAGUAGGUCCUUAAUCAAUACUGUGCCCAUGAGCCAUAGCUCUAUAUUAGGGACCUACUCUGUCAGCUACUGAGGUUGCUGUGGGACAAGGAAGGGACACUUACUUAAGCCUUUUGCUAUGGGGACUUACAUUCCGGGGGGGUGAGGUAUAAACAUAAACACAAAUAAACAGGUAAUGCCAGGGAGUGAGCAAGACUAUGGCAGAAAAAAUAAAACAGCAGGAGGAAGGGCUCUGGAGGAAGUGACACUGAACAGAGAGAAACCCGAAGGGUAGGAAGAGCCAGCCUUGAGUCAAGAGGUAGGUAAGGGCAUUCCAGGCCAAGGGGAAAGCAAGUGCAAAAGCCCUGGGGCUGCAAUGAGCUACACAAGUUCAAGAACUAGAAAAGAGGGUCAGCAUAGCUGGAGUGCGGGGCGGGGGGCAGGCAGUGUGAGAGUAUGAAAAUGGGCUCAGGGAGGGGAGUGGAGGGAUGGCAAAGCUCCAGGGAUCUCCUCCUCACAGUUCUCUGAUCUUAUCCUCUUUCCAGCCUCCAGGCCUUUACAUGGGCUGCUUCCUCUGCCUGAAAUUCCCUUUCCACUCCUGCCUGGCUCCCACUCAGAUUCAAUAUAGAUGGCACUGCCUCCAAGAAGCCUUCCCUGAACCCCCAACUUCGCUCAGGUGAUUCCUCUGUGCUCCUCCCCUGCCCAGGUCUCCCCCCAUCACAGACUCUUGGACAGUGAGCUCCCGUGGGCCAGGAAUCCUAACUUGCACCUCUCUGGCAAGAACUCCUGGCCUAUGCUAAAAACCCAACAAGUGCUUCCCACAUCCGUGAACAGGGCUCCUUCUCCCUCUGUGCCCUGAAAUGGGCACCUAGGAGCUAAGGUCAGACAUCAGGGAGAGCAGGCGACUGUGGAAAAGCUGCACCUCACUGUGGCCAGGCACAAAUGUUGCCAGAUCUUUGGACUUCAGGGACAACCCAGAGAGCCAGAUUUUAAUGUGAAGUUGUUGAAAGCCUGUAUGUUGCAUAGCAUGCAGAAUAUAUCUUAAUAAAAGUCUACUAAAACAAAA